UGCGGGACCUGCGCGGACUUGGCUGCGGACGGCGGCUCUGGACUCGCGGAAGCCGAGCGCGCUGGCAUGGCCUCCAACUUUAACGACAUAGUCAAGCAGGGCUACGUGAAAAUCCGCAGCAGGAAGCUGGGGAUUUUCAGACGAUGCUGGUUAGUUUUCAAAAAGGCUUCCAGUAAAGGACCCAGAAGGCUAGAAAAAUUUCCAGACGAAAAGGCAGCGUAUUUCAGAAACUUCCAUAAAGUAACGGAACUGCACAACAUCAAAAAUAUAACCCGACUGCCUCGAGAGACAAAGAAGCAUGCGGUGGCAAUUAUCUUUCAUGAUGAAACCUCCAAGACAUUUGCCUGCGAGUCAGAGCUGGAGGCCGAGGAGUGGUGCAAGCAUCUCUGUAUGGAGUGUCUGGGGACCAGGCUGAAUGACAUCAGCCUUGGGGAACCUGACCUUCUGGCAGCAGGAGUGCAACGAGAACAGAAUGAGCGGUUCAAUGUGUAUCUGAUGCCUACACCAAAUCUGGAUAUUUACGGCGAAUGCACAAUGCAGAUCACUCAUGAGAAUAUCUAUCUCUGGGAUAUCCACAAUGCCAAGGUCAAACUGGUGAUGUGGCCUCUCAGUUCCUUGAGGAGAUACGGGCGGGACUCCACGUGGUUCACCUUUGAGUCAGGAAGAAUGUGUGACACGGGGGAAGGACUAUUCACUUUUCAAACAAGGGAAGGAGAAAUGAUCUAUCAGAAGGUGCAUUCUGCGACACUGGCCAUAGCUGAGCAACAUGAAAGAUUAAUGCUAGAAAUGGAGCAGAAAGCCCGGCUUCAGACAAGCUUGACUGAGCCAAUGACGUUAUCCAAAUCAAUAUCUCUUCCUCGUAGCGCGUACUGGCAUCACAUCACCCGUCAGAACAGCGUUGGUGAGAUCUACAGUUUGCAAGGUCACGGGUUUGGUUCCUCAAAGAUGUCACGUGCACAGACCUUUCCCAGCUACGCCCCAGAGCAGAGCGAAGAGACUCAGCAGUCCUUGUCCCGGUCCAGCAGCUAUGGAUUCAGCUACAGCUCAAGCCUCAUCCAAUGACACACAGAGAACCACUGCUGACCAGAGAGACAGUCUGUCCCAGACCUGCUUGUGGGGUCAUUGUGCCCUCUGCCUCCUGGAAGACCAAUUGCAGUAGAAAUUGAAAUGGGUUGGGUCUAGCCCCAAUCCCAGAGGAAGGUUCAAAACUGGAGUUCCGCUUCCUUGAUUCCGUGGCUAAGUCCUUUAUUUAUUGAAUUUCUUGGGGGGAGAGGGGAUGGGGAUAUCUGUGUUUAACAAAAAUAGAAUCCAAAUCAUAUGAACAUUUAAAUACAAUUCUUUGGGUCUGACAGUAGCAGCAGCCCGGGCACCAUGAGCAUUGCCCAACAGGGUUGUACCUGGUUGGUGUCCUCAGGGCUUAGUCCUCCCGUCUGAUGACAGGGCCAGUCCUUAGACAUAAAGGUCACCCACCACAAGCUGUGUGGCUUGGAAGGUUUUGACAGGGACAAAUCCAAUAAGCUCCACAAAUGGCAUCAUAACUUGCCAUAUAAAUAAGCCCAGUGACAAUUGAGGGAACAGGAAAUUUAGAACACACGAUUAAGCAAGGCCUUGUAGCUCUACGUGUGUGUGUGUGUGUGUGUGUGUGUGUGUGUGUGUGUGUGUUGUGUGUGUGUAGACAAAUAGAGAUAUGGAUUUUGCUACAUGUAUUAUCAAAUGUGUGCUGAGGGUGACAGGUCAUGCUCACUUAAAUCGUAGAAAACUGUCAUUUGGUGCAUUAAAGUUAAAGAUUGUUAUGUUGAAUAGCUAUUUUUAAGACAGUGCUGUAAAAAAAAGGCUUCUUAUUAGCAAAAGUAUUUAUAUAGUCAAGUCUGCUCCUAUGACAAGUCUGAGAGUGUGAGAGGGAGGAAUGCUUGGAAGCAGAAGAACCGGUCUAGCUGUCCUACGCCUCACGUCACCGCGCUGUCUUUCUGGUUAGCAUUCCCUUGUUGACAGUGUCUUUCUCCUUUGGGGUAUGAUCACCAGCCGGCUUCCAUCUCAUCUCAAGAAAAAGAACUCUAAAUGAGAACCUGUUUAAGAAAGUGAUUAAAAUACCUGUAAAAAGAACGGAUCUAUUUUGCAGUCAGGAGACCAACAGGCACAGGAUGGUAGAUGUUUGAAACCUCACACACCCUUCUCAGCAGCCAUCAGGGAUUCGCCUUUCACUGUAUGACCAGGACUUGCUGGGCUUUCCUUCCCUUUUACUGGGUCAGGGUUGGCUGGGACUAUGAGAAAAUGGAGUAAAUAUAAUUUUGUUCAUCCUUCACACUAAUGAUGAAGGUUUAAAAGGAGCUGGUGAUUUCCAUGUGGACUGAGGAAAUUUGGCUAAUUCAGGUCAACAUAGAUAGUUUUGCCCUCAAUUUUGGCAUUCAGUUGAAUGAAAAUAAAGAUGUUCCUGCAUGAUUAUCUGAUGCCACGUGCUUAAGAUGGUCAGCUCGCAAAUCCCCUAAGAGGAAUAGAAAUAGCAGGGAGCCCAGGCCAUGUAAGAUGAAUACCAAAUUUUUCUUUCUUAAUAGCAAAAUAUUUUAAACUAUCAAAGUUAGUCUGUUGAAAGGGUACCUGUUUUGCUGAUUAGAGAUAAGGUUUAUUUUUCAUCCCUAUCCAUUCCUUUCAGAGAAUUACUGCAGCAUUAAAUUGUUCUGGGUCCCUCCUUGAUCAAUUCGCAUUUAUAGCAACCACCUAGACCCUCCGCAUCCCUCAGAUAAAAAAUGUGAAAACCCCAUCAAGAUGCUAAUCAUAAGAGUUAAUGUGGCUGUGAAAAAUAAUUAUCCUAAGCUUUCAGGAAUAAAAAGAAAAUUGCUCAAAUGCUCUGCACUGUGAAUUUUGCUGACACAUCAGAAGAGCAGGUGACUGGCUCCUGACAAUGACAGAGCCUUCCCUGAAGUUCCAGCUUUCAGAGUUAGGCACCUCUAACUUCCUUCAGCACAGGGCAUUUGCUUUUGAAAUGCCAUUAGCGGAACUCACCAGAGCAACUCCCAGCUGAGACCAUUUGAGCACAGCUCCUAGUGGAGUCCCACUCGGAGCAAGACUCACUCAGUCGAGCUGUUGCUUAGAGACCACAAGGGACUUAUGGGGAAAAGCCCCCAAGGGUCCUGGUUCAUGUCUCAGUUUUAUUAAUGUGCCCGGAGCACAGACACCGAGUCCAGGGAGGUGGAAUCUGCUAAUUAGAUGAGUUGCUCUCAUGUCUACUGGGUGGGAGACAUAAUACCUGCAUGAAGUUACUCAAAAACACCGUUUUCUUGUGAUCAUUCCCAGUGAGCAUACCUGACAGGGUACCAGAGAUCAGGCACAACCCUGGGCCAGUUCAUUCUGAAAAUCAUGUCAUAAAAAGAGUCUGUGAGAUAGAAAUUUCCUUCCCGUGUCUUUAUCCAAUCUCAUCGCCAUGAGAAUAAGGCCAUAAAAUAUCUCCUGGGACAUUUUUGGAGAUGUAUUCUCUCCUCUAACUAUGCUUCCAAUUGUAGCUAAGUCAAAACGACUAAAUGAACAGAUAGGAGAAUUUAUAUUAACCUAACAUACUUGACAUAAGGCAGUGCGCAUUGCAAUAAAAAUGACAAGCUGAUAAAUCUUCUACAAAAACCAAAGAUGAAGAGUUACUGAACCCGUCUUCUGGAACUUCAUGAAAUCAAUUCCACUGGAGCAACUAGAGUGGUCAUAGGCAUGUAUUCAACUCACUUGAGCUUACAGGUUUUGACUGAAGAUGCCUCUACACUUCACAAGUCAUUUUUUCUCCCUCCAGAAAUUGUAUUAUAUCUUUAACAUACAUGUGACUUUUUCAUUGUGAGGGAGUGGCUUGCUCUGAACCAAAGACAUCUUUUGGCUCCUUCCAAAAGUGACUCCGCUGGGACUCCUCCAGAUGGGGAAGGUGAAUGAAGAGGGGCACAGUUUCCAUACCGGGUGGGAAGAGAGUGAUGAGGACAGAACCCAACAUAAGUCCUAAAGGUUCGUCUGAGAGCAGAGAAAGCCUGGGGGACAUACACAUUUCACAGAUUAUGUGAGGGGAUUCAUUUUUUAUGUCCCCAGUUUUUUCUUCCGAUAAUAUUAAUUGUUGUACACGUGACAUUAUAUUUAAAAUGCAGAAAAGUACAAAAUAACUUUAACCCAAUAGCUUACUAUUCUGAUGGGGGCAAAAGAAAACACAACUUUUUUUUUUAUUCCUUGAAUGAAUAGUAGGCUCUCAGAACUAAUUUAUUUAUACAGGUUGCAAAUAUUUAUA